UCUGGGUCGCGGUGGGGAAAGCUAGUCGGUUGGAGUGUGAGAGCUUGGGAGCCGAGCGCUAGAGCGACCCGACGAGGGAUGGCGGCCACCGGGACCGCGGCCGCCGCGGCCACGGGCAGACUCCUGGUCCUGCUGCUGCUCGGGCUCACAGCGCCCGCUGCGGCGCUGGCCGGCUACAUCGAGGCUCUUGCAGCCAAUGCUGGAACAGGAUUUGCUGUCGCUGAGCCUCAAAUUGCAAUGUUUUGUGGGAAGUUAAAUAUGCAUGUGAACAUUCAGACUGGGAAAUGGGAACCGGACCCAACAGGCACCAAGAGCUGCUUUGGAACAAAAGAAGAAGUUCUUCAGUACUGUCAGGAGAUGUACCCCGAGCUCCAGAUCACAAAUGUGAUGGAGGCAAACCAGCCAGUCAGUGUGGACAAUUGGUGCCGGAGGGACAGAAAGCAGUGCAGGAGUCACAUUGUGAUCCCGUUCAAGUGUCUUGUGGGUGAAUUUGUGAGUGAUGUUCUGCUAGUUCCAGAAAAGUGCCAGUUUUUCCACAAAGAGCGGAUGGAGGUGUGUGAGAAUCACCAGCAUUGGCACGCUGUAGUCAAAGAGGCCUGUCUGACUCAGGGAAUGACCUUAUAUAGCUACGGCAUGCUGCUGCCCUGUGGGGUAGACCAGUUCCACGGCACUGAAUAUGUGUGCUGCCCUCAGACAAAGACCAUUGAAUCUACUGUGUCAAAAGAAGACGAGGAAGAUGAGGAGGAGGAGGAGGGGGAGGAUGAAGAGGAAGACUAUGAUAUUUAUAAAAGUGAAUUUCCUACCGAAGCAGAUUUGGAAGACUUCACAGAGGCAGCUGUGGAUGUGGAUGACGAGGAUGAGGAAGAAGGGGAGGAAGUGGUGGAAGAUCGUGAUUACUACUACGACACCUUUAAAGGAGAUGACUACAACGAGGAGAACCCAACUGAACCCAGCAGUGAUGGGACUAUUUCAGAAAAGGAAAUUACUCACGAUGUUAAAGCUGUCUGCUCCCAGGAGGCGAUGACGGGGCCCUGCCGGGCCGUGAUGCCUCGUUGGUACUUCGACCUCUCCAAGGGAAAGUGCGUGCGCUUUAUAUAUGGCGGCUGCGGAGGCAACAGGAACAAUUUUGAGUCUGAGGAUUAUUGUAUGGCUGUGUGUAAAACGAUGAUUCCCCCAACUCCUCUGCCAACCAAUGAUGUCGAUGUGUAUUUCGAGACCUCUGCUGAUGAUAAUGAGCAUGCUCGCUUCCAGAAGGCCAAGGAGCAGCUGGAAAUUCGGCACCGCAACCGGAUGGACAGGGUAAAGAAGGAGUGGGAAGAGGCCGAACUUCAGGCGAAGAACCUCCCGAAAGCAGAGAGGCAGACUCUCAUUCAGCACUUCCAAGCUAUGGUCAAAGCUUUGGAGAAGGAAGCAGCCAGUGAGAAGCAGCAGCUGGUGGAAACCCACCUGGCUCGAGUGGAGGCGAUGCUGAACGACCGCCGCCGGAUGGCUCUGGAGAACUACCUGGCGGCCUUGCAGUCUGACCCACCGCGGCCUCAUCGCAUCCUCCAGGCUUUGCGGCGUUACGUCCGUGCUGAGAACAAGGAUCGCCUGCAUACCAUCCGCCAUUACCAGCACGUGUUGGCUGUCGACCCAGAGAAGGCGGCCCAGAUGAAAUCCCAGGUGAUGACACAUCUCCAUGUGAUUGAGGAAAGAAGGAACCAGAGCCUCUCCCUGCUCUACAAAGUACCUUAUGUAGCCCAAGAGAUCCAAGAGGAGAUUGAUGAGCUACUUCAAGAACAGCGUGCAGACAUGGACCAGUUCACUGCCUCGCUCUCAGAGACGCCGGUGGACGUCCGGGUGAGCUCUGAAGAGAGUGACGAGAUCCCGCCGUUCCGCCCCUUCCAUCCCUUCCCAUCCCUCCCCGGGGAUGAAGACACUCAACCGGAGUUGUACCACCCAAUGAGAAAAGGAUCUGGAGUCGGGGAGCAGGACCGAGCACUGAUAGGCGCUGAGGAGAAGGUGAUUAACAGUAAGAAUAAGGUGGAUGAAAAUAUGGCCAUCGAUGAGACUCUGGAUGUUAAGGAGAUGAUCUUCAAUGCUGAGAGAGUCGGAGGUCUCGAGGAAGAGCCGGAAUCCGUGGGGCCCCUGCGGGAGGACUUCAGUCUAAGCAGCAGUGCGCUCAUUGGCCUGCUGGUCAUUGCCGUGGCCAUCGCUACAGUCAUAGUCAUCAGCCUGGUGGUGCUGAGGAAGAGACAGUAUGGCACCAUCAGCCACGGGAUCGUGGAGGUUGACCCUAUGCUCACCCCAGAAGAGCGUCACCUGAACAAGAUGCAGAAUCAUGGUUACGAAAACCCGACCUACAAAUACCUGGAGCAGAUGCAGAUUUAAGGGGAGAGAGCACGUGGCCCCCCGGGUGGAGCACGGUGGUGCAGGCGGGCCGGAAGAGGUCCAGCAUUUUGGAUCGACUACUGACGAACAGUUACUUCCAGAGGAUUUCAUCUUACAUUCAGACCUCCUGGAUCGUUAAGACUAUAAAGUACUACUGUAGAAUCAUAAUUUCCAUUCUUUUAAAUGGGUGAAAAAAUGUUAAUAUAACAAUAUAUGAUAUAUAAACCUUAAAUGAAAUGAAAAAAGUGAUCUAUUUGCAGAUAUUUGACUGAUGUAGUUUUCUUUUUUAAACUUAAUCAGAAAUCCCACUUCUAUUGUAUUGUCUCUCACAUGCUCUAUAUAAAUGGGAAAUGUUGAUUUUCAGUGAUAGACUGUGGUAUGCAGGCUGUGUGUUCCAGUUGCCUUGUGUAAAUCAACUCUUUAAGGCUCAUUCACUGUCGUGGUUUUUAUUAAAAUAAAACGAAGAAGGCAGUGUUCCCUGUUUGAAUGAGCUUUCACAAAGUCGCAGAGAAGCUGAAGGAAGCAGGGAGCUGUAGCUGACCGUCGAAGCACAGCUUGAUGCCCCUCACGAUUAUCUUCAAAGCACCAGUUUCUUGGAAGUCUGGUGUUCCCACUCCUGGCUCCCUGGGGGGCUCCACACAAGUCCUGUCACUGAGGAGGUUAAAAACAUUUGAGUUCCAGCAUCUUCCAGUGAGCCCUGUGUAUACAGAUUGGGGCGUUCACUACUGCUUUCCUUCUAAAUCGAGUUCUUCCACAGAAAUUAGCCUGCAGUGUGUAUAUGAUGUCCUUCCAUGUCCGCCGUUUCCUUGCUGUAGCCUUGUACUACUCACCUCCCUCCCAAGUAAUGUCCACAUGUGCUGUUUUCCUCUUUGGAUGAUGCCCCCCGAAGCUGCUGAUCCUCCCGUCCCGGUGUGCUCUGACUUCUCUGCCUCCCUCUCCUCCCCAGCCUCUUCUGUGCCCACUCAGAGACCGCAGGGGUGGGCGACCAGUGGCGGGAGGGAACGCGGAGCUCUGCGUUGAUGUGGGAGGAGGGUGCUGCAGUUGUACAUGAAGUGAUCUGUAGACACGUGGACAGCGCGAAGGUUCCGUUUCCUUCACGUGAGUCUUUGUGAUGCUUGUAGAGUUGAUGUUGAUGCUCACAGCUUUUUCUUUCUUUAUUCUGAAGGUUCUGGUAACCUGUGGUGUAUUUGUUUCUAUUUCCCUGUGACUUUUUUUGUCUUCCUCCCCUUUACCCUAUCCAUGUCUCUUCCCACUAUGCACAGGUAAACUUCACCUACAAACUCCUCAAUCUGAUCUGUGGAGAAUGUACAGAGUUUAAACACGUAAAUAAAUACUGUAACUUCCA